CCCGCACUAUUCCCUCGAAAUAGAAUUAGAGAGAGAAAGUGUUUGUGUUUUAGAGAGAGAAAGUGUUUGUGUUUUAGAGAGAGAAACAUAGAGAGUGUGUGUAACUUCUGACAUGGCCUCCAUUCCAUUGGGGCCGCACCACCUUCAACCACCGCAACCGGCACCUCUACCGCUGCCACUUCCGCCGCAGUUGCUGCAGCCGCAAGCCGAAACUGACCCUCUCAAAGCUUCAGCUGCUGGUGCCGCCGCCUCCGCCAUGGACACCGAUAAGGAAAUGUCAGCUUCUGUCGGUGAGGGUAAUGACGCAGUUACCGGUCACAUAAUCUCAACCACAAUCGGAGGCAAAAAUGGUGAACCUAAACGGACCAUCAGUUACAUGGCUGAACGUGUUGUUGGCACUGGAUCAUUUGGAAUUGUUUUCCAGGCAAAGUGCUUGGAGACUGGGGAAGCAGUGGCCAUAAAGAAGGUUUUGCAGGACAAGAGGUACAAAAAUCGUGAAUUGCAGUUAAUGCGGGUGAUGGAUCAUCCAAAUGUGAUUUCCCUGAAGCACUGUUUCUUCUCUACGACAAGCAGAGAUGAACUUUUUCUGAACUUGGUAAUGGAAUAUGUCCCUGAGACAUUGUACCGAGUUCUAAAGCACUACAAUAAUAUCAAUCAGAGAAUGCCCCUAAUCUAUGUGAAAUUGUAUACAUAUCAAAUCUUUAGAGGACUAGCAUAUAUCCAUACUGUACCAGGAGUUUGCCAUAGGGAUGUGAAGCCUCAAAAUCUUUUGGUUGAUCCUCUCACUCACCAAGUUAAGCUUUGUGAUUUUGGGAGUGCAAAAGUUCUGGUCAAAGGUGAAUCAAACAUUUCGUACAUAUGUUCACGGUACUAUCGAGCGCCGGAACUAAUAUUUGGUGCGACAGAAUACACAACUUCUAUUGAUAUUUGGUCUGCUGGUUGUGUCCUAGCAGAACUACUUCUAGGCCAGCCAUUGUUCCCCGGUGAAAAUCAGGUGGACCAACUUGUGGAAAUUAUUAAGGUUCUUGGUACUCCAACUCGAGAAGAAAUUCGUUGCAUGAACCCUAAUUAUACAGAUUUUAGAUUCCCCCAGAUUAAAGCUCAUCCUUGGCAUAAGGUUUUUCACAAGCGAAUGCCUCCUGAAGCAAUUGACCUCGCAUCAAGGCUGCUCCAAUAUUCACCAAGUCUUCGUUGCAGUGCACUGGAAGCAUGUGCACAUCCUUUCUUUGAUGAGCUUCGUGAGCCCAAUGCCCGGUUACCUAAUGGCCGUCCAUUGCCGCCACUUUUCAACUUCAGACAGGAAUUAGGUGGAGCAUCCCCUGAACUGAUCAUUAAACUCAUACCUGAGCAUGUGAGGCGGCAAACUGGUCUUAGCUUCCCAUAUCCGGCUAGCACAUAAAUGUAAAGAGAUAAUGAAACAAGGAGUCAACUGUUCUAGUGAUUAAUGUUAAAACACAGGGCCUUUUGUGGCUGAUAGAUUAGAAUUCAGGUCUUAUAUGCAGUUUUCCUCCAAUCCCCAACCCUCAAAGAUGUAUGUAUACAUGUACCGACUUGUCAAUGUAACCUGGAAAUUGUUGGUUCUGUCUAAUAUUCCGUUCUAGUUCUAGUUAAAUGCAAUGCUUAUUCCCUGCUUUUGUA